UUCGAACACAUGACUCAUCUUAUCUACUAACCACGACCCUAUUUUCCUAAUUUCAAGCAACUAAUGGGCGACCUUCUAUUUUGGUCCCUGAGUGGAGGUGGUCGACAGGUGGCGGAGGUCUCGUCGGAACAGAAAGAGGCGGCUGAUGCAGUGGCUUCAAGGAAUGGCCAGCCCUCCAUGAGUGACUCUCGUUGCCGCUCGAAAGCAGGUCGGAAGCCUGGGAUAGGGGAAGAAGGAUCGGCCUCUAAUCACAAAUCUAGGCUGAGGAAGGCAGCCAUUUCUGCCCCUGAGAGGAAGGGGUCGGAUUCUCCAAAUGUAGGGAAGGGGUCGUGGGUGGAGGUCCCGGUAAGAGAAGUGGCGGCGAUAGCCUCUUCGCCGGUGCGUGCUGCUGCCCACCAAAGCUCCGGUGACCCGUUCGCCUGUGACUCAUCUGAGACGAGUCCAGAGGGGGAAGUUCGGGAUUUUGAAAUAAAAAAAAAACCGAUGGGGGAGCCGACUAGAAAGGGCCAUGUCCAACAGGUGGUGUGUGCUUUUGAGGCAGGGAUGAGUCUCGAACCCUCCCAACAUUCCUCUCCAUAGGGUAUGGUGUCCGGGAUUGUGGCGGCACACCCCUCAGCUCCCAUUGGUACUAUCGCUGGCUUAAAUGAAUAUGGAUCGAACUAUGAGGUGUUACUUGCCGGGGAAAUAAAGAGGAGGUUCGAUGAGGUGGAAGUGGGCUCUUGUGAACCCCCAACACCUAAGAAACAGUUUGUGGAGGAAAAAAACUUUGCUGAUAUGGUGGAGGAAACCAGCCCUAAUUGGUCCCAGCCAGAUAAAUGAGGCUUUUGGCC